AUGGUAGCUGAUAGCAAAUCCGACCUUUCAUUGCCCAAAACUUUCGCCUGCAGUGCCUUCGCUGCUUGCGUCGGCGAGGUAUGCACAAUUCCCUUGGACACUGCUAAAGUCAGACUUCAGCUCCAGAAGUCUGCUAUAGCUGGAGAUGUUACUCUGCCUAAGUAUCGUGGAUUGCUAGGAACCGUUGGUACCAUAGCAAGGGAAGAAGGGCUUCGUUCACUAUGGAAAGGUGUUGUUCCCGGAUUGCAUCGUCAAUGCCUCUUUGGAGGUCUAAGGAUUGGAAUGUACGACCCGGUAAAAAACCUGUAUGUUGGAAAAGACCAUGUAGGUGAUGUUCCGUUGAGCAAGAAAAUCCUCGCUGGUUUAACAACUGGUGCAUUGGGUAUUAUGGUUGCAAAUCCAACUGAUCUUGUGAAAGUUAGACUUCAGGCCGAAGGAAAACUAGCUGCGGGUGUGCCUAAACGAUACACUGGAGCACUGAAUGCGUAUUCAACAAUUGUGAGACAGGAAGGAGUGAGAGCUCUUUGGACUGGUCUUGGACCUAAUGUAGCUAGAAACGCAAUCAUCAAUGCUGCUGAAUUAGCGAGUUACGAUCAAGUGAAACAGUCAAUCUUGAAGCUUCCAGGUUUCACUGAUAACGUUGUCACGCAUAUUCUAUCUGGACUGGGUGCAGGAUUCUUCGCUGUCUGCAUUGGUUCCCCUGUUGACGUGGUGAAGUCAAGAAUGAUGGGAAAUUCUGCUGCUUACAAAAACACUAUUGACUGCUUCGUCAAAACGCUGAAGAACGACGGUCCUAUGGCAUUUUACAAAGGUUUCAUCCCCAACUUUGGACGUCUUGGCUCGUGGAACGUCAUCAUGUUCUUGACACUUGAACAGGCAAAGAAGUUUGUCCGGGAACUGGAUUCGUCCAAGAAGAACUGA